AUGGCCUCCCAGAUGUCAUACGAGUCGGUCAGAGGUCUGUUUGGCGAGGACGGGGAGGAACAGGAGCUGGUGUUCAGGUUCGCCAUCGAGAGGAUCAACGCCGACCCCACCAUUUUGCCGAAGUCUACGCUCGUGGCUCAGGUCGAGCGGAUCGGGAGGGAAGACAGCUUUCACGCCGACAAAAAAGUGUGCGGUCUACUCAGGAGUGGAGUGGCGGCUAUAUUUGAUCCCUUGGAGGGCUCUAUAUCCAGGCACGUCCAGUCCAUUUGCGACGCCAUGGACAUCCCGCACGUGGUGACCCGAUGGGACUUCCAGGUGAUUAAGGACGGCCUGUCCAUUAACCUGUACCCCAAGCCCCAGGUGCUCGCCAAGGCUUAUGUGGAUUUGGUGAAGGCCUGGAAUUGGAAUAAAUUCGUGAUUCUCUACGAAGACAAUGAAGGAAUCGUAAGACUGCAAGACUUUUUCAAAGAGGCCCAGCUACGUAACUGGGUAAUCAAAUUAUACCAGUUUCAGCCGGGUAUACCCUAUCGGGAUACAUUUUGGAAAAUUAAAUCCGAAAACGAGUUUAAUAUAGUCCUGGACGUCAAGAAACGGAAUAUGUAUUCAGUGCUCAAACAAGCACAACAGGUCGGACUCAUGACUGAAAUGCACAGCUAUUUG